GUGUGCGCGCUUCCGGGGCCGCGCGGGCGGCGCGCAGGGCAGAGCGGCGGUUCGGCCCGUGUCCGCCGCGGUCAGGCCCGGCCCGUCCGACUCCCGCCAGAGCCAACACAGCCAAGAUUUUCAACUGGAUUGGGUUUGUCUGACAGCAGAAUGGUUUAUUAUGUUCUGCUGUUGCGGAUUCCCUGUUGCUGGUGAUGGGUGAGCCUGAAAAACCACAGCUCGACUUGCACAUCUCAGGCUGCUCUUUAGCCUGCUGUCCAGAAGACAAGAGGUUCUGGCUGAUCAGGAGUAACUAUUAACAGUUCAAGUUGGCUGGAGAAUGGAAGGUGUUGAGUUUAAGGAAGAAUGGCAAGAUGAAGAUUUUCCAAGGCCCCUGCCAGAGGAUGAUCCUGUUGACUCAGAUAUAUUGGCUGCAGCAGGAACAGAAGGUGAAACUGCAGUUAAUGGAACCAAAGUGAGGAAGAAACUUACAGCUCCAGACAUUAGCUUAACUUUAGAUCGCAGCGAGGAGUCUGUUUUGUCUGACUUGGAUGAGAGCGGAGACAUUGAUUUGGAUGACUUAGAUACUCCUUCAGAGAAUAGCAAUGAGUUUGAAUGGGAAGAUGAUCUUCCAAAGCCAAAAACUACUGAUGUAAUUAGAAAAGGAUCACUUACUGAAUAUACAGCAGCGGAGGAGAAAGAGGAUGGUCGGCGCUGGCGUAUGUUUAGGAUUGGCGAACAGGACCAUAGGGUGGACAUGAAGGCAAUCGAACCGUAUAAAAAAGUUAUCAGUCAUGGUGGUUAUUAUGGUGAUGGGUUAAAUGCCAUUGUUGUGUUUGCUGUUUGUUUUAUGCCUGAAAGCAGCCAGCCUAACUACAGAUACCUAAUGGACAAUCUAUUUAAGUAUGUAAUUGGCACUUUAGAGCUACUGGUAGCAGAGAAUUAUAUGAUAGUGUACCUGAAUGGUGCGACAACACGGAGAAAAAUGCCAAGCAUAGGCUGGCUUAGAAAGUGUUACCAGCAAAUUGACAGAAGGUUAAGGAAAAAUCUGAAGUCAUUAAUCAUAGUUCAUCCUUCUUGGUUCAUCAGAACACUUCUGGCCAUCACAAAACCUUUUAUUAGCUCAAAAUUCAGCCAGAAAAUUAGGUAUGUCUUUACUCUGGCAGAACUAGCUGAACUCAUCCCCAUGGAAUACGUUGGCAUCCCAGAAUGCAUAAAACAGUAUGAAGAAGAAAAGUUUAGAAAGAAACAAACAAGAGUUGACCAAGAGCUGAAUGGAAAACAAGAGCAGAAAAGUGAACAGUAAGUUGGGAGACAAAACAAGACUGAAGAAUAUACAGAUGGAUUUAUGCUAUUUUCUCCAUUUAUGAUGCAUUCAUGUGUGUAUAUAUUACAUAACUUGUUGCAAGAGGUGCUUAACUUUAGACUGGCACACAAUGGACUCUUCACUGCUGUACUGGUUUGUCUUGAUUUGAGUAGCUACCUUUGUGUAAUCUUUCUAUACAGCCAAAUGUCAAAGAACCCCAUGUUUAGAGAAUGUUCUUACAAUUGUUUAUCUAAAUGAUGCAUGUUCUUCAGUAAAAUAUUUAUAUAUCUAAAUGCUAAAGGAAAGAUAAUAUAUAUUUUUAUGACUUUGAGCAAUACGUUGUGUACCUGCUGAAGGAAUUCAUUUGCAGGUAGGCAAGGCCAUAAACUACUUGUUAUUGUAUAAAGUGCAUGAUCUGUUUUUGCUCUGAAUGGUCAAGUGCAUUUCUUGGUUGUCAUAGAAACCUUAAUUUGUUUGAAAAUUAACAAUCACAUAACGUAGUCUACUAUAUGUGUGGAGAUGCUUAUUUCUGUUCACAUCUAAUACAAGCAGUACUCAUUUACCUCACUAGAGUGAGCUUGAGCUUUGUCUUUUAGUCCACGUCUCAGAACACAGAUCUGGAGUUUUCUGAAGUUUUGUCUGUUGGCCAAAGGGUUUAAGCCUAAGCUACAGUGGAAACUAAACUGUAA